AUGAGAAGUUUGCUACUGCUCUUCUGCCUUUUUGUCCACGUGGCAUGCGGCGGCAAACGAGCCACUUCCGGUUAUGGGGCUAUUCAGCGUAUGUCUGUUUUCCGUUUUUUUUCCGUUUUUUACAUCGCUGAAUUGGAUUUUUUAACGUAAAAAAACUGAAAAAACGGAAAAGAACCAUUUUUUUCACGGCCUGAAUAAGCCCAUUAGUUGCGAGAAUCGAUUUUUGGAAGGACACGGUCUGCAGAGCUGACAAUAUGGGCGUGGCCUCGGCGGCCAAAUGGCGUUUUCAUGAAUUGAGCAGGUUUUCUCUGAUUUUUGUGGUCAAAGGCGAUGAAAAAUAAUUGUUCGACAUGAAAACACACUAAUUCUCACAGAAUUAAUGACGUUUUCGCGCAUUUUUCGCGGAUUUCGCUUUUUCGCCUUUGCCGCCGAUCGCCGCCUAAAAUACGCACUUCUAAUUUUGCGCUUUUUUGACCGUUUUCAGACGGAAUUGGUUUUGAGAAUGAUAAAUCACGUAAAUACAAACAUUUUGAACGCUCGAACCGCGAAAAUUACCGAAAAACAACUGAAAUUCACGCAGUUUUAGCGAAAAACCUUCAAACGAAUAAAUGUAAUUUGCGACUUGACCAGAUUUAACGCUUUUGCGCUUAAAAAAUUCGUAAUAGCCUAUACAAUCGGUCUAUCGAGAGAAAAAUGAGAAAUUAUCGAUUUUUCGUGGCUAAUCUGGAAAAAAACACAAAUUUUGCGCUGUUAAAAUUUGAAUUUCACGCUAAUGUAUCGCUCUAUUGGGCGGGGCGCCGCACUUGCGCCCAUUUUCAGCUCUGGAGACCGUGAGCGAGGGAUUUUCAGAGACCCCCAAUCUCCGUAAACUCACGUCGGAACUCGCUCUGAUUUCCCGCAUCACGACGGGAAUCGCCAUCCGUGACGGCCUGCAGAACAGCUCGCUGAAGGCCGAUGAGUUGGCGGCCGACUUUCUCAAGAUCCGCACUCCAGAGGCGAUCGGCAACUGGAGCCGACUGAAACCGGAGGACACCCGUAAUUCUCUCGACAAACUGCAAAAAAGAUUGGAAGGACUCGAAGAGACGAACUUUGAGGAUCCGGGGGGCCUAGAGCAGUCUCUCGGUGCGCUUUCGCGCAUCUACAAUCUCACGGAAUCGAUGGCAGACAUAGAGAAUACGUCGUAUUCCGAUAACUUCAUUGCAAAGUUUGCUGCAGUGGGCAGUGUGGAUCUAACAAGUUUGAUGGACGACACUGUGAAGGAGAUGCUCGACGCGCUCAAGAUAAUUCUGGAAGGAGAGGAGCCGAAGAGCGAUCCGAAGGGACCAGAAGAGGAGCAGACGUUGAUGAACGCCAAACAGGCCCUUCUGACGUACCGGAACAAGCGCAAAGGCUACGAGAAAUAUGUGGAGAAGAUCAAGAACUAUGAAGGCGUUAUCAAGCCACUCACCGAUUUCAUUACGCACGAUUCAGAACGCGGCGCACGUGUUCUCACAAUGCCGUUUAUUGUUGAGCCGGCGAGCAUCUACUGGAACUCUGGACUCCAUCGAAUGCACACGAAUCUGAAGGAGUUUGCGAGAGAAAUCGGCCGAAUCGGUGCGGUUGAAGUGAGCGAGCUGGAGAGUGUGCUCAAUGAGCUGAGGGUCAUCUUCUCAAAGGUCGAGAUGCUCCGCGAGCCCGCUCCAGAGACGUUUUACUCUUGCGGCUUGUCCCAGGGCUCCAAGGAUCUUGCACAACUCGCAGUGGUUCAAGGAGAGGCUGAGCAGUGGCUGAAGGACAAGGUGACGGAAGGGAGGGAUCCGAAGAAGGUGCUCGAGGAGACGUUCGCGCAUCUCGGAUCGUUCACCGAGAAGCUCGGAUCGCUUGAGUCGAGCCAUCGGACCGUUCUCAACAUUUCACGUGACGACUUCUCCGCCUUCCACCGACUUUUUCAUUUUCUGAGCGCAUCGAUCGCAGUUCAAGCGAGCUGGUCUCGAAAUUCAUCGACGGAAGUGAUGCACGCGAACGCCAGCGACUGUUUCAAAGAUUUCAAGUACGAAGCGAGCCGAGACGUUGACAAGAAGCAGGACGAACUGAAGAAGCUUCGCAAUUUUUCGACUCAACUCGCCGACAAAACCGAGCGGCUCCGGUCGAAUCUGAAAGAUGUGCUAGGCGAAGCGAGUCUUGAGAACUACGACGGGCUCUCGGCAAUCGACCAAGCGAUAACGGACGAUGUGCGCAAGGCGAGCCACCGAAUGACAAAGGACCAAGCGUGGGCGGUCACGGCGCGCAUUCGGGCUUUGGCCGGAGUGCACGACAUGUACACGGGACUCCGGACAAUCAACGAAAAGUUGGAGAGCAGUGACAUGGACGGUCUCGACGAGCUGAUUCGGCGCAUCAAAAACGAAGAGCUCAAGACGGAUGUUGUGAAGGAAGUGCAACAAGAAAUUUUGAAGCCGACGAGUCUGCUCCCGGCGUUUCGAUGUCUUCGCGCCAUCAAUUUUAGCGAAGCGGAUAAGGAUGUUUUGAUUUGGAAAUAUGGCGUUUUCUUGCGAUCCAUCCGAUCCGACGACAUUGUGAAAAUCAAGGAGAUUCUGGAGAAGGUGGAUCAGGUUCGCACGGACUUUGAGGAUUUUGAGACAGCGACAAAGGUGAACGCGACGGCGACACCUGCGAAGCUCGACAACUCGCUGGAAGUGGCCACGAAUCUGGGCAGAGGAGUCGAGCGACUGGAGCAAUUGGUGCAAGUGAUCGAGCAUCGCGAGUCCCUCGAAAAGGUGCUGAACCUGUCGGAGCCGCUGAACGAGGCGAUCGCGCACAUUCGAAUGCCGCCCAUCGAAAGUGUGUGGACACUGACCACCCGUCAUCGCGUCGAUCUUCUGCUGCAGAACGUGACGACGAACGUCGAGCAGCAGGCGGCUCACUUCCGCACUCGCCAACUGUCCGACAUGUUCGCGUUCAUGGACAACAUCACGCGGUUGGAGGGUGUUGUGCACGCCAAUCCGACGCUCUUCGCCAAUCCGAUCGCCAAGAGUCUGAUGGCGUCGAAUGAGGCGGACGCGCAGCUCAUUGUGCCGCUGUUCGAGGAGAUUAGCCACUUGACGCUCGACUUUGCCGCCUUCAAAACGCAAUUCCAAAAGGCGGCGCACGUCGCGCAGCCGCUUCGCCACUUUUACGACGCACUCUUCGGCAUCAAUCGGACUGCGAUGGCCGAGGAGAAGCGGAGAGCCGAGCAGAAGCCGAGAGCCGAGAAGCCCGACGCCCGAGCUGAGCAACUCGUCGCCGAACCGUAUGAAUUGCUUUUUGUGGAAACGCUCUUUUUGUUUUUUUUUUGUUGCAGAGUUGCCGCCGAGUCCGCCGAGGAGCAGAACAACACGAUUCUGUACAUUGGAGCCAUCGUCGUUCUCGUCAUUCUCGUCGCCGUCGUCGUCGUUGUGGCGAUCGUGUGUUGCAAACGCAAAAGUAUGCGUUUUCACAUGGUCUCCAGAGCUGACAAUAUAUGGGCGUCGCCUCGGCCAAAUGGCGUUUUCAUGAAUUGAGCAGAGUCCGUUACAAAAGGUCGGAAAAAAAAUGCCAAAAGGUCGGAAAAACUGCUAAAAUACCUGUUUUCUGCCUUUUUGUCAUUUUUUCCGAUCUUUUGGCAUUUUUUUCCGACCUCUUGGCUUUCCGACCUUUUGUCUUCCGACCUUUUUGGUUUUUUUUUGUCACGGACUCAUUGAGCAGGUUUUCACUGAUUUUUGUCGUCAAAGGCGAUGAAAAAUGAUUGUUCGACAUGAAAACACACGGAUUCUCAAAUUUAAUGACGUUUUGGCGCAUUUUUCGCGAAUUUCGCGGAUUUCGCUUUUUCGCCUUCGCCGCUUAAAAACCGCACUUCUCAUUUUGCGCUUUCUUGACCGUUUUCAGACAGAAUUGGUUUUAAGAAUGAUAAAUCACGUAAAAACGAGCAUUUUGAGCGCUCGAACCGCGAAAAUUACCGAAAAGCAACCGAAAUUCACGCAGUCUUAGCCAAAAACCUUCAAACGGAUACAUUUGAUUUGCGACUUGACCAAAUUUAACGCUCUUGCGCUUAAAAAAUUCGUAAUAGCCUAUACAAUCGGUUUAUCGGGAGAAAAAUGAGCAAUUAUCGAUUUUUCGUGGCUAAUCUGGCAAAAAACACAAAUUUUGUGCUGUUAAAAUUUGAAUUUCGCGCCAAUGUAUCGCUCUAUUGCGCCCAUUGUCAGCUCUAGAGACCGUGGCGCGUUUUCCUUGAAAACCUUGAAAGAAUUCCGUAAUGUUGCAGAGCUGAACGAACGUCUGAGACGUCCGGAAACGUGGCGUCACUUGCGAUUCUUGCCGGAAGGGAAGCUGAAAAAGUACGAGGACUCUGAGUACACGCCGCUGCACUUGGCGGUCAUGCACAACAAGAUUGAGGAUGUGCGGAAGCAUUUGAAGAACGGCGCGUUUGUCAACGUUCACUGUAAGUGCAUGACGCAUCCGCCCGCCACUCUUUGCCCCGUUCAGCGCUCGGAAAGACGGUCGAGACGCCGCUGCACACGGCCGUCCAGAACGACAGCACUGAAAUUGUGCAAGUGCUGCUCAAGAACGGCGCCGACGUGCACGCGAUGGACGCCGACUUUGAGACGCCGAUCGAUCAGGCGAAGGGCGACGCGCGCCUCCUCAAGAUGCUCAAAGCGUACGAGCAGAAGGCGGCCAACAAGAGUGACGAGCAUUGGUUGCUUUUCUCGACACGAUUUUGCCACUGUUUUCAGGACUGCCGCAAACGUUGCCGCUCGACAAGUACAAGGUGUACGUGGACAAGAGUGUGCGCAAGGGACUCAAAGAGUUUUGCAAGAGCUACAAGAAGAAUGUGAGUGUCUCGCGACUCGCACUUUUUCUCAUCUCUGAAACAAAAAAUCCAGAUUGUGGACACUGUCGAAGACGCCACUCAUGUCGUUGUGAAGACCGACUCGGACGGAACGUUCGAUCUGGAGAAGGACGACGCAAUGACCUACUUUAGCAGCAUCUUUAGGUUUAUUUUUUAGAAUUUUUUUUAUUUUUUAGAAAAUUUUUUCAUGAAAUGUGAUCAACUGACGAAAUGUAUAACAAAGUGUGCUCUGCUCAUAGAAAAAUAAUUGUAAAUUUAGCUUUUCAUACAAAAAAGUUAUAUUCGAGUUGUUCCCGUGAAAAAGGGGGCUAACGGAAGACGGAAGGAAUAACUUUUUUGUGUGAAAAGCUAAAUUUACAAUUAUUUUUCUAUGAGCAGAGUUCACUUUGCUAUACAUUUUGUCAGUUGAUCACAUUUCAUGAAAAAAUUUUUGAAAAAAGAUAAAAAAAAUUCUUCCGCUCAACUCUGGUGGAUGCACCAACAACAAUCCAUCCAUUCAUCUGUUUUUUAGUGCUCGCAUUCUGAUGUCGGCCGAUUGGCUUGUGGCGGCCGGGAAACGGCGAAACGACUUCCGCGACGACUUUAAGUUCCGCGUCAAACGGAUUCGGUUCAAGGGAAAAGAGCACGCGACGAUUGACGAGAUUCAGGCGGAUUUUCAACAAAUGGUACAAACUUUGCGCGCACUUUUUGCGCCCAAAACCAGACUUGCCAAAUCCCGGGCCAGCAAAUCGUCGGCCCGGCCCGGCCCGGUCGGCCCGGAAGUUAGACCUCAAAAAAAAUAUGCAAAAAAAAUAUGAAGGAAGAGGAAAACGCGUGCGGCAAAAUUGCUAAAAUGGCGUCCCAGAGUUGCAAUCAAUCGCUCCGCCCACUCUUGAGAAAAUUUUCGUAAUUUUUGUGAAAAUUUUGCGACUUUAAACAGCAAUUUCUAUUUUUGAAUUUUUAGGUGCAUCCUCCCGGGCCGCGGGCCGGGCCGGGCCGAAAAAUUUUCCAAUUUUGGCCCGGCCCGGCCCGGCCCAGCCCGUUGCAAGUCUGCCCAAAAUCUUUUUUUUUCAGCGCGUUCCCUACCUGACGGGCACGACGAUUCACUUCAAUCAGGGCCAGUGGGCGACUGUGGAAUGGGGCGAGAUGCGCGAGACGGCGGUGCGCAUGGGCGCCACAAAAGUCGACGAUUUUCCGGUGGCCGAGGGAAUGCUGCCCGGUCAAGCCUAUUGGCGCGACGACAUUGGACACGUGUUUGUCGUUUAUAUGCGCGACAAUGCGGUUAGUUCAUUACUAUGUAUGCUCCAUUCGAAAAGUGGGCCUCUCAAGUUUGACAUGUUUGGAAUCCUCUUGUUGGGAUGGUUCCGUUUCCCUGAAAACACUUUUCUAUGGAUCAGUUCCUCGGCUUUCAAAACUUUACAUGUUUAGGGUGAACUCGAGGCCCAAUAUCCGUACCUGCGCACGCAAAAAUGCUACACUUUUCUGGAGAGAGACGAGUUUGUCACUUUGCUGCUUUCGCACAAAAUCUCGCAGAAACAGUUGGACGAGGGGAACGUGUCGAGACCGUCGAGACCGUCGAGAUCGAAGGGAUCGAAGGGAUCGAGGGGAUCGAAGGGAUCCACCGAAUCCAAGGGAUCGAAAGAAGCCAAGCAGUCGAAGGAAUCCAACGGAUCUAAAGAGGCGAAAAGAUCGAAGGGUUCAAAGUCGAAGGAAUCUAAAUCCAAAUCGAAGGAAUCAAAAGAGUCUGCGACACCAUCGGCCGAAAAACAAUGA